AUGGACCUAAUGGUUGGUCCUAAUAAAAGGUAUUACGUGGAUUGUGUUCUUGAAAAGUUGGGGAAACUGGGGGCUGCCACCACGGAGAGACCACAGGAACCCCCCUUGGGUCCUCCGUGUCCCUUUGACGGGGCCUUUUGGACUCGAAGACCCCCCUACGCACCCCAGCAGGGGUGCUUCGCUUGCAUCUCCAAGACCCCUCCUGUGCAGCAAGGAUCACCUGUCCUUUCUCCCUCUUCUGCUGUUUGCCUCAUGGAGACCAAGAGCUGCAAAGGGGAUAGCCUACGGCCACCUAUCCAAUGCAAACACUCCGUAGAGAAGAAGACGAUGACUAAUCCCACCACGGUGAUUGAGAUCUACCCAGACACCACCGAGGUGAACGAUUACUAUCUCUGGUCCAUCUUCAACUUUGUAUACCUCAAUUUCUGCUGUCUGGGUUUCAUUGCCUUGGCGUAUUCUCUGAAAGUUCGGGACAAGAAACUCCUCAAUGACCUGAAUGGUGCUGUCGAAGACGCCAAGACCGCUCGUCUUUUUAACAUCACCAGCUCAGCACUAGCCACCUUCUGCAUUAUCCUCGUCUUCAUAUUCCUGCGAUACCCGCUGACCGACUACUAGAACAUGGCCAGCAAUCGCUGCCAAACUUUCCUCCAUGCUGGAAGCUGUCAUUGAGUUUCCUACAGAAGGGACACAAAGAAAUCAGCCCCUCCCCUAAAUGACUUCCUCUCAAAGG